CAUCACACAUAUCCUCUCGAGGCUGUAUUUUCACCGAGAAAACGAGAAACGCAUCCAAAUACACAAAUUAAUUGUUAUGGCCUAGUCGUGGAUUUAAAAAAUAAGUGGCAAAUCAAGUAAGCCUUGGACUAAAGGUUAGUGCGUCUCCUCUAAAUGUUACGGUAAAUGUUUUCUGAAAAUUACUCUUGUUUUUUCUGAACUAUCGCUUGUGCAGAGGCGAAAAUUCAAGGGUCUUUUAAGGCUGUGAGUCGCUUAGUCUGGGUUGCUUUUAGGAACUGUCUCCUUUUAAACCCACCGUUUGGUUUAUGAAAAAAAAAUAUUGAGUUUGUCGAUAAAAUUCCUUAUCGAUUGCGAAGUUUCAUAUUGCUCUUCGCACCCGCAAACGCACGGCAAUUUAAUAUGCAUGAAUGAUCAGAGUUGGUUCGAGGACCGGAAUUUUAGCAUCUGUGGUAUAUAAAAAGUAAUCGUAACCCACUUUAAAGAGAUGUACCCUCUACUGAGUAUGGCUAUUUGCUGAUUGUCUCUUUAUGAAGUGAUCCCGUCUGUAUUGUCAGUGUCUGACAUUUCCUUCUCUAAUUUCAUCCUAACAGCCUAUAAACGCCAGGCAAUCAUGUAGAUAGUCUGCUAACAAGUCUUCAACUAACUCUUAUAUCCUUUUGUAGGAGGGAUAGAGGGUAAAGGACAUUCGUGCGUAAAACCACAAGCAACGCUCACUAAGCCCAUGUGAUAUAUCGGGAGUGAUUAUCAUCAACGUUAAAGACAAAUGCCCUCUAUUGGCUAAAGCGGGAAAUAUAUCGUAAUAUUCUUUAAACUGACCUGGGAGUUAGCUUAGGUAAACCUUACUUUUCCUUUAUCUUUUGUUUUUUGCACGAGCUGCAGGUGCAGCGUAUGCAAAUUUUGAGAGGCUUACGCUGCACCCGUGCAAAGAUAUUGCAAAAGUUGAGUUUACAUGAAGCGACAAACCAAACCGGAGGUAGUAUUAAGGUAUUUUUCGCUUUGGCCAAUAGAGAAUGUAUGUUUGUCACUCCAUUUUCUUUUUAAGUGACAGUAUUCUAUUCUUAUCCAUCGCAACUCACUGUACUGAUUGACCAUCUAACAGAUCCUGUCGCAAGACAUCAAGAAUGUCUAAACUGACUGCAUUCUUCUUAGUUUGGAGCUGCAGUUUUUGUUAUGCAGGUAUGUUAGGGGAAUUGCAAUAAAAAGUGAAUUUGCCAACUGCAAUAUGCAAACUGAGGAGUAACUUAGAGGGAAGGAUGGUAAAUACCAUAUUUGCCUACUAAUUACAACCCCAUGGUAACUUGGUAUGCAAAUGUAACAUUUAUCAUCUUUGCUAAUCAUUUUGUAUAUUUUUUCGACAUAUUUUCUAUGAGCAAAUUUGGUGCAAAUUCUUUUUUUGUCCAGUGUAUGAAUUCUUACUAAUGUACACAAGUGAGUUUUGCAGCCAUAACAAACUAUAUCUAUCUGUACAAAGGGGUUUCUUACUUUUAGAAUUGCCCAUUUAGAGGUUUUGCGUUUGACUGGAUUGUGUUGUAUUGAAUCGGUACACUAUGGGACUGAUUUGAGGGUAUUUUUCGGGUCUUUGGCUUCCACGAGGUUGCGCGGAAACUCGAUCAAAAUUCGUCCACAGUACAGUCCCAUAGUUCAGUUCGACAAACUCAUGCGCAUCCUAAAAUAGUCAAUUGGGCUUUUAACUCGAUAUAUAUUAUAUGUUAUUUAUUAUUUUAUGAUAUAUAUGUUGUGGUUCAACUUUAUCCUUGGUUUAAAUUUUAUUUUUCAUUGUUUCAAACUCAUUAUCAUACAUUACCAUACCCAAAAACAAUGAAAAAUAAAAUUUAAACCAAGGACAAAAUUGAACCACAACAUAUGCACGUAUUAUUUCUACUACCUACAGUUCAAGUGUUUGCCAAAGAUGCGUAUGGAAAGGUCAUGUGGAAAGACGCACCCACUUGGAGAGAUAGAUCGGGUGAGUUAUUAAGGACAAUUUCGAUGAACACAAUUUCCAUUUGCCCUGGGGCAAUCUACUCUAUUAAUCUGGAAUGAGCGUGCUUACUCCGACCCUGAAACCCUUAGUCUAUAACAGACCAAGCAAUUGCAACGCUAAUUUGGAAAAGACAUCCCUUCCUAGUUCGUAUUGUAGUCACGGACUUGCAGAGAAGCUCAAAUGAUUCUCGCGUAUUUUAUGCCCACUGUGAUAUUACAAAUAUAAUUCCGUUAAGAAAGGUGUAGAGUUAGCCUCUUAUAUAGAAUGACGACAGCCAAAUGCUGCUGUUUUAUCCUAGACAAAAAUGUAAACAUUAAUAACAAAACAGGAAAGAAAAAAGCGACUUGAGGUUUCCCGAUAUUUCGGAGGGACAAGCCAUCCUUCUUCUAAUGAAGAAUCGGAAAGGCUUUAUAAUUCAAAUAGUAUACACAAGUAGCAGUUGGAAAGUUGGUUUUUGUUAUUAAUGUUUAUCGCUCAUUCUCCAUGAGUCAAUAUCCCACAAAUGAUAUCGAAAUGAUACCCUUUUCUAAUGAUACUCUCUGAUUUCCUGGUUAAAUUGUUCAGUAAGGCACAGUCUGACCCCCGCCUCCCAACUACGAAGCGGCAUUAACCCUCGUUUGUCACAUUUUUACAAUCCCCCCGUCGCAACUCAUCAUAAUGGGCCCUUUGCAGCUAGCCAUUCACGUUGUACAAAACCGCCGUGCUGGAGAGCAAAAGUCGCACUGGGACAAGACAAACAAAGAAAAUUAGCAUUUAAAAUUAUGUAUGUCUUUUGUUUGUCUUCGGUUAGCGGUUUUGUACCAUGUGAAUGGCUAGCUGUAAAGGGCCUAUUCAUUUAGAAUGAUUUCAGUGGUUUGAUUGUUUUGAAUCUCUUGCAGUUGUGCCUACUCCUCCAGCAGAAGCGGUGAAAGCUUAUAAGAAGAGAGUGGAAAGUAAGACAAAGCGAUAGUGAAGCUUAAGUUGUUAUCCGAAUUAAAGAUUCUUAGAAACUGCACACCUCACCGUCCCCUAAACCCAGCCCUUACUAAGAACUUAGUGGCAAUCUUCCGUUAAGCUGGUUAAGGGAGGGGUGUGUGGGUGGGCAAUUUCCUAAAGUCUUCUGCUGAUCCGUUAUUACAUUUAUAAGAAGUACUUUUAGCCGCUUGGGUAAUAGAGCGAAUGACGUCACGGUGGCCAUAUAGGUGUUUCAAAACAAUAAAACCGUGGCCAUGUUGGUUUUCCAAACCAAUACUGUGGAAGUUAAACUCUUUUCUUAUAUAAACACUUUGUUCAAGUAAAUUUGAAUAGAUGGUGUCCGCUUGAGUGAAAACGCUCUAUUUUCUCAGUUCAUUAGGCUUUGUUAUGUCUUAAAGCUAAUAACUUUAAUUUGUUGCUGUAUGUCUGCGCUUCGCUUGGACGUUGUCUGUAAUACCUAACUCAGGUUCAUGAUUGUAACCUAGAGAUUACUGUCUAUAACAACACCUUAAAUUUCUACAGACAUUAUCCAAUCCGGCAAUUAAAGCUUAUGUUGUUGUUGUUGUUACUGAUGUACUGGCGAUGCAUAGGGCGAUUUUUCCUGGUGACAAUAACUAUGACAAAAUCCUGGCAAAAGAAUUUGAUAGAAUCAUACCUUACGCUCGUCUCUACUUUUGUGUCCUGGCUUUUCCCGUUUCUAACGCCUUCUCUUCUUCGGAUAUGACAGCAGAAUUAUGCUAUGAAGUGGCUGUGAGAUUUGUAUGCUUGGGUUUUAUCGUUUUCAAUUGCAAACUCAAAAUAUCAGCAAUCCAACUGAGAGCGUGAAGAAAUGAAUUUUAAAAACCUUAAUUCGCCCCAAGCCUUAGUGUCAAAGAAUAAACUCGAGGCAAUUUCUGCAAUGCAUUCUCAAAGGAUUAAACUAAAAUAAAUACCAACUCACAUUUACAACUUGAAGCUGUCAAAGGUUUGCAAGGUAUUUACCCAAUAGACCUGCCGGAAGGUCUUGGUACUGAACUCUGACAGGUGACAUAAUUUCUUUAGACAUGCAGAAUUAUUAGUUCUUUCAUUGUCAUAUUUUCAUAAGGCACGAAAAUAUCUUAGGCAUUUCUGGCUGCUUGGCUGAGGCCGUGUCCUAACGAAUCGGAACAUUUUUGAAAUCACACAUAAUUUCACCCGGAUUCGUAUGAAGUUGGCCCUGGACCACUCUGGAGAGCAGUUUCAAAAAGAUGCGGUUUCGGUGAACAGAUUCACUGGUUUCAUGUGGAAGGAAUUAGGCCGAUUCGUGUAAAAAAUUUACGGUUUCAAAAAUAUUCAGAUUCGUGUGGACAGGGCCUAAAUUCGUAUGUCUGCUCGGUUAAAUUCGCAUGGCAUGCUCUACGGCCUGUCAGGCUAAUCCCUCGAGGCGUAUCGUUCUCUUGUUGUAAACUCUUGCUUUCUCAUGUCUUCUUGGGCUCUUUGGUAUGUUGUCGGUUGGUUUUUCCCACCCUUCUCUCUUUUAGGGACGUCUACCAUUCUUUCAUUUAUGCUCCUGCUCUGUGUCUUAUGCAAAAUGUUUCCUCUAAUAUCUCAAUUAGCUUAAGUCACAGAGUGUCUUUUGAGUGGAUGUAAGUUAUGAUGAAUGACAAAGUCGACCCAGAUCUUAGGCUACCAUGUUGACUCUUGCCCUUUGUUCUAAGUCACUUGUACAAAUUACAUGUUUUUAUAUGGAGGAUGAGCCCAAAAAGUUGCAAUAGUAAUGAAAUAUAUAAAUUUGUUGAGAUAAAUGUUUCUAUUACUUAAUCACUGAUCACAAUUAUACGACAAUGGUCGGAAGUUCGGUUUUGAUUUGUUAUCUCUCUUGACUAGUUCCCCAUCCGUUCAAGUACCCAAAAGUGGUGAAGCAUGUCCACGUAGGACCAGAAAACAGUUAUGGAAAAGGUCAGUCCACGUUUGCAAGUAAUAGUUUUACUCGGUUCGCAGUUAUAUCCCUCAGAAACAGUAAUCUCAUCAGUUACUUGACACUGUACUAUUUACUUACAUUCCAUAUUUACCUUCCACUUUUGCCUUUAUCGACGUUAUCUUACCUAACUGAGUUUUUUUUUGCAGAAAGAGAAAUAAAUAGAAAGAAAAACAUAAUUCAAAGGAGUAAGUCAACAAUGUCUUUGUUAUAUCGUGCCAUGUGACUUUUAGUUAGCCAAUGAGUGCCGUGCAUUUUGGGAUACAUUUUCAGCUAUAAAACAAUACUUGCGAUUUUUUUCCCGCAGUUUUCUUUUCAAUUCCUGUCGGAGCAGAGUUGCCACUUUAUUACACUCAUAAACAAGGUAUGAAUAUAGUAUUAACAUUUGCUCUCUUUCUUAUUUUGCCAGGUUUGAAAGCGAAAUAAGUCUCUUUAAAAAUAUUUAUUUUCAACAGUGAUUUUAUUCAUAUUAUUGGCUUUCCCUAGCUUUCAGUCAUUUUUCAGAUCUCUAAAGUAUUAUUGAUUAAAUUAUUUUUUUCGCUGUAGCAAAUACACAUAAAAAGAGCGUCGUGGCUUUGUCUGAAGGUAAGGGAAUUGCACCAGUGGGUAUUGUUACCUUCCAGAUAAUGUCAAAAGUAAUUGAAUAAAUAAGUAGUGCUUAAUGUUUCUUGAGCCCCUGACGUUUAAGCAAACUCAUACUUUGCAGCGCUACAAAAAAAAAAAAAAGAAAUGCACUUUAUUUGAGUGUCAAUGUAUUUAGCACGAAAGUACUAAUUGGGGAUACUAUAUUUUACGUCUCCAACUGGAGACGGGACCGCCAUUUCACGUGGUCGUCCGAGCCACGCGAAGGUCUAGCCUGUUGCAGUGCAAAGGGAGUACCUUCAUUUCUCGGUUCUUUUAAGACCCUGAGUAUUGGUCCGGCCCCAGGAAUCGAACCCGCGACCUCCCGCUCUGCAGUCAACACGCUCUACCGACUGAGCUAACACCGCAGCUGACAAGGGAGGAGAAAGUUCUUGCAACUUCAUUUGAGUUUGUUGUGAUACAGCUAAUAUUCUUUUCAAGACUAUAGGGGUGAUAGGUAGCCUGUGAUGCGCUCUACCAUUUGAAACCUCCAAAAAAGUUAUUAAACAUCCGCGAUUGGUUUGAGUGGUCACUUACGUUUUUAUCACCUGUACCUAUAUUCUGUUUUAUCAGCUUCUGACAAUGAAGGCAGUAGAUAUUUCUCAGAGGAAACAAAUGGUCCCUUCCGGUCAAACACCUGGGGACCACAACAGCUAAUAGGUAAGUCUUAACUUUUUAUGAUGUAACCAGGAGCCAAUAACCCGGAGCAAGCCUUCAGACCUCCUGUGCCCAUGCAACAGCGUUUUCAUUUAAUAUCUUAUUCCAAGAUCGAUAUUUCCGUAUACUUUAAUUGUCAAAUACAAAUCAGUCAGCAAAAACUAGAUACGAAAAACAAGUAUUGCUGAUGUUUCGAUGCCAUAUUCAAUACUCCAAAGUGAUGUUAAAAAUAAACAGCACUGUGGAAUGCCGCUGCACAGGCGGGAAGCAUGGUAAUGUGCCCGAAAACGACAGCGCAUGAUUUACAUAUCGUUUUCACAUAACGUCAUGUCGACCAUUGGUGUAGCAAAACAAAGAAAGGAGGCCAUGUUGGUGUGCCACACCCAUCCUGUGGGAGUGAAACUUUUUUUCAUGUAAAAAAUUUUUUGGUUCCAAGAAACUAACAUAGCUACUUAUCACGAGAGUAAAAAUACUCUGGAGGCUAUCACGUGAUGCUCUUGGCCGUCGGAGCCUCUUAAGAAUUCCGAAGAAAUCAUUACGGCAACACUAAGAUAAAAGUCUUUCGUGACUGACUUGUGGUCAUUUUAAGCUAAAUGAGAGAAAGUAAAAUUCCUCACUGUGUGUUGAUGUCGUAUUCCAGAAGAAAGAAAAUUUAAUUCAGCAUUUAACAGAAUACUUGGAGGCAUUAUACCCACAUAAAUGUAACAAUUUAAGAUGUCAUUGCUAGAGUUCUUACUUUGCUUGGAAGCAAAAGGUGAAUUCAGUUGUGUUUUGCAUUUCCGCAGGAGAAAACGACGAGCUUUCAGAAAUAGAAGCAAGGACAAUAGCGAAACAGAACUUGCUUCCCGGUGAAGGUGAGUAAUAAAUUCCUGUGAUGUCAACAAGAACCAAGAUAUAUGUCGAUACUAUAAACGCUACUAACUUCUCUCUCCUAGUUCAAUUUAUUUCAAUAGGACGCGGGGGCCUUUUGAAUGGAGGGAGUUUAAUUUAGCGCCACACUUACUUCAUGCCUUACUUGAGAAAACUAUUUAAUUUUGUCAGCUAAGAACAAGUUUAACCCUUUUAUUAUUUAUAAAGAGGUUGUGAAGAGGAACUUGUGCUUCUUAGAGGUUUGAGGAAGGGCUUUAGUAUAAGUAGUUUUACUAUAUAGCUACAGAUGCAGUCAAUUCCUUUCAAGAUCAAUCUUCGUUUCAUAGGACCAGUAGGAUACCAUGGAAUUGGUGGACAAUAUCUCCGUCCUCAAACUAUUAGAAGAAAUAAAAUUUUAAGGAAUACUGCACAGCUUUUUAAGAGACCCUCUAGAACGCCAGGUUUUCUAAACGGUAAGUGUUGUCUUGGGUUUUAAAGAUAAACCAUAUGUUAUUUUGAUGCUACCAUCCCUACCUAGUAGAUCCCAGCUCCAAUGGAUUAUCACCUACUGCGGGCAGCUAUAAUUUUUGCCUUCUUGUUGUAGUGGACAAAUAAAUUUCUUCACUUUUUGAUGAUUAUAUUGACGACGACAACAAUAACAAUGGGGUCAUUGUAAUAAUCAGAUAAUGCCUUGGUCAUAUGAUGAAGAGCAAAGAUGAUUACGAGAUAAUAUAGAUGAAAGUUAUCAUGAUCAAAUGAUAAUUGCGAUUAUGCUGAAAACGAUGCUGAAAAGGUGACUCUAACACAUUGCUUAUGGCCAAAGUAGAAAUGGCUCACUAUAAUCAACGAAAACGACCUACUGGUUAAAACACAGUUGGUUAUAAGAGACAUGAUAGUGCUCGGUUUUAAUGUUAUUGUAAACUCUACAAUUGUUGCCAUUGGUUGAUUAAGUUCCCUUAUUAAGAUGAUAAUCACAAUGGUCCAGUUAAUAAUGAAAAAAUUAAGGUAGCAGUGUUGAUUAAGUGAAGUAAAGUGAAGAUAGUGUGAUAGUGAUAGUAAUAAUAAUGUAGCCAUUUAAUACGAAUAUUGUUGUAGUAAAUAGACGAUCAAAUGAUGCAAAGAAUAAGAAAACAAGACGUGAACUCACAAGCAUAAACAAAGCGUCUCCAGUAGGUAUGUGAUUCCUUCAGAAGGAAUCGAAAGGAUUAUUAUCUAUUGCUUAGUUGCAUUUUGUUUUCUUUCAGAUUCGAGUAAACCAAAGAACGAUUACGUAGCAAAAAGUAAGAGCCAAACAUUUCACUUUCUUACUAUUAUAGCAUUGUGCAAGCUUCUGGGGAAAAAUUUUGCAAACUAAUUUCAGUUUUUGUUCCUUUUACAGAUAACCAUGUAAAGAAAUCAGGCCUUCCAAAAGGUAUAGAUCAAAGUUAUCCAUCACCAUGGUUACUUUAGGUGCUCAGGAAUUUACAAGACUGUUUUCCGGAAAAAUUUAUGCAUGUGGACUCAAAUGAACCUUAAAUAAUAGACGUGAAUAAAAUGCGAAUAAAAUUUUGACUUCGAAAACAUGUUUUGCUGUUUUUUUAGUUUUCUCUCAUUACGUUCGCCAAACACUUCUAAUUGCUAAGAGUGUCGGUUUUAUAUGUGUUUAGAAUUUCUUGGCACUUGAAGGCUUUAACACCUAGAGAUAGCAACAAUUACCUUUCCUUAUAUAACUUUUGCCUUCAACAGUUUGUACUGAUGAAGCUAGGGUUGAGUCGAAUAUGAAGUCAAAAUUGUUUUCUUGUUGCCUGUGACUACCUCACUAUAUUUUUCUAUUAUCCAAUUCGUUCAGUUCACUCGCAAAAAUGUUCCCGUAAAAUGAUGUAACAUUUUAAGAUGAACUAACGCUAGUAAACCUCUUUUCAAACUUAAAUUUGAGUAAUAAGAUGGCCGUUUAAAAAACUGACGUUUAACCCUAUUACUAGUGAUAAGUAAACAUUCGACACUUUCUAAUACGGAUAUUGUCACGUAAUAUAACAAUGCUUGCCCUACUUCAUUUUAUUUAGUGAGGGCUAAGUUAAAAUUAAAGUAAACCCAGUAAUUCCAUUUAUUUUUAAUUAAUGGCAGGAAACAAAAGGAACACAAGCCGGGGCUCGAGGAACAAAAUAAAUUCAGAGAUAGAGAAUCUGUUAACAAAGUUCCUUAUUGUCCUGUAGAUAGAAUCUGUAAAGUUAAGUGGAGGUUACUUGUCUAAGAGAUAAGUUAAUUGCAUGUGCGUUUCGGUCAGGUUACGUGCUUGUUACUUAAAGAAUCACUAUGCAUGCAAAUACUCUCAACAUAUGGAAAAUUUGCCGAGACUCACUCAAGGUGAAAAGAUGGCUAUGAAAACAUUAAGCUUUAGAACGAGAGUAAACACGCCGAAAUAAUAGUAAUAAUUUUUUUGAAAGAGCAAACUGCAGAAUAGGAACUAACCGCAACUUAGGCAAUUGACCUUAAAACUGACAUUAGUUUUAAUAGUUAUUGAUAAUAAAAAAGCAGAAAAACCUUAAAAAAUUAAUUAUAAUGAGAUAGAAGCGGUAAAAUAAAAGUUAUGCUUUGGUAAAGGCUGGAUGUUGAACUUUAUGUGACGGGUAAUUUUGAUUUAUUACUUUUUACUAAACUAAAAUAUGUAUUUUUUCCUCUUAAAAACACAGGUGAAACGCUAGACGAUAUUAUGAAAACUAAUCAAGCCGGCGAAAAGACGAAAAAAUCUAAUUAAAGAAGAGGAAAAAGUGAUAACUGUUUGGUCGGUUUGAUUGUCCCGUCUCUCCAUCACCGCUCUUAGCGCCCCUGUCCCUAUUGAGGUAGAAAAUUUCUUAGCACAGGUGGUUUAUAUGAAAAAGUUGUAGAGAAUUGUGAAAGUUAACAGUCCCUUGGUAUUUCGCAAAGAUUCAUUUUGCACUUUUUGUUGCUUACUGUCCUUCCAUUUCUAAAAGGGG